AUGAGGUUACUCACCUACCCAUUUGAGCUUGUUGCACCGAUGGUUGCCAUUAGCUCCAUUCUCCUGUUGUUGUUGGGUCCAUUGUUGAUUCCUCGCUUUUACCUCGGCUUUUUGCUUGUCUACUUUACAUGUUUCCUGUACUCUCAGAUCAACCAUGUCUUCAAGUUUUGGAUCACUGCCUCGCUUAUGAAAAAGAAGAUCCGCAACUGGAACGUGUCACAGCAACGCGCCGCUGGUGCAGAGCGAUCGCCACCUACGCCUAGUACACCCAACCAUAAUAACAGCCACAACCGUGAACGAUGUACCAGCAUUGUGGAUGAUGAAAGACUCAAUGAGAUGGAAGCGUCGUUAAAGGAAUACGAAGAUUCUCAGCUUGUGCAUGCGUUCAUUGUGCCUAAUUAUGCUGAGCCGGAAGGACUUUUGAGAGACACGAUCAAACGCUUGGCAAAUCACAGAAACGCACAAACAAACUAUGUCAUCGUGCUCGCCAUGGAAGCUUCCGAGUUGGGUCAUGAAGCCAAGGCCGAAAGCUUGGCGGAGUACUUUAAGGACAGCUUCCUCCAUUUCAUCGUCACUGUUCAUCCUUCCGACAUUCCCGGUGAAUCGCGUGGCAAAGGCUCCAAUGUCUCUUAUGCUACUCGUGUUGCUUGCUCUGAAAUCGUACGUCGAGGCAUCGAUCGUAGAAGAGUGGUCCUUACUAUUUCCGAUUCGGAUUCUUCUAUCCCAGAGCUUUACGUCAAUGAGCUGGAAAAAGCUUUCACCCAAGCUGACGAUCCCCAUUUUCUCUUGUACGCCCCACCCAUCUUCUUCUCACGUAAUUGCUUUGAUGUUCCGGCAGCCGUGCGUAUGACGGAUAUUACUUGGUCUGCUAUGGUGAUGGCCAAUCUCAGCAACAGCCGUGGUAUCAGCUUCCCUUGCUCAACCUAUAGUAUCAGUCAAGUGUUAGCCGAACGUGUUGGUUUUUGGGACACGGAUGCUGAUUCGGUGGGUGAAGAUAUGCACAUGAUGUUGAAGUGUUUCUUCAAGACCGAUGGCCUUGCACGUUGUCAACCUAUCUUUGUACCUAUCAACCUCACCAAUGUUCAGACCAAUGGAUACCUCUCCAACAUGUAUGCUCGUUUCGUCCAAGCAAGUCGUCAUUACAAUGGUGUCGCCGAUGUCUCUUACACUUUGCGUAAUGCUUUCGGUUUCGGUCGCGGUGAUUCGGUAGCAGAUAGUGUGAUGGCUGUGAAAAAGUCAUCCAUUUACGCGUCGCCUACGUUUUGGAUUGACAAGUUGAUUGUAUGCAUCAAAGUAUUGGAAGCCCAUAUGAUCCCUGUCACAUCAGGAUGGCUCAUGUUCGCCGCUGUACCGCUUAUGCAAUUCGUCAUGUUCCCUCCUCACGCCAUGGUGGCCAUCAUUGACCCAGCCAAUAAUCCAAUUCUCACCUCGGAUUUCUACGCAACACUGUGGAACAUUGUCAAAAUUAUCACCGUCUUCUUGCCCUUCCCACUCUUCGCAACACUUGCCAUCUACGAGAAUUUGCAUCGUGUUGUGGAUCGUGAAUUGUAUCGCAAGGUCAAGGUUGAAUCUCGUACUUGGCGCAAUUGUUUUGAUUACAUCUCGUUGCCCAUUGCCGCAUGGAUGUUUAUGACUAUCCCAUCUACCAUUGCCGCUCUCAAACGACUCUACAAGACAAACGACCAGUACAUUGUUGCUGAAAAGUUUUUCCAAGAAGAUGAUCGCAACGACUAA